AUACAGUAUCAGAGGAAAGCCCAGCAGAAACCUCCACAGAUCAUACCUAGAAAAUCAAACAAUAGACUAAAUAGAGCACAUUUUCACCGGGAGUAGAAAUCGUACAAAGACUUUAUUCUUUUUGUGCAGAUUCUCAACAUAUAUAAACAAUGCUUCAGAAGACUGGACUUCUCGCGCUGCUCGCGCUCAUUGCAUCUGCCUACGAACUGGAUCAGAACGAGUCCUUCCCUCCCAGGAGAACACGCGUCUCUGCGAACAGCCCUUCAGACGUGGCACGCUGUCUGAACAGUGCCCUGCAGGUGGGCUGCGGUGCCUUCGCCUGCCUGGAGAACUCCACGUGCGACACGGACGGCAUGCAUGACAUCUGCAAGGCCUUCCUCUACAGCGCUGCUAAAUUCGACACUCAGGGCAAGGCCUUUGUGAAAGAGAGCCUGAAGUGCAUAGCCAACGGCAUCACCUCCAAGGUCUUCCUCACCGUCCGGCGCUGCUCCACCUUCCAGAGGAUGAUCUCCGAGGUGCAGGAGGAGUGCUACAGCAAGCUGGGCAUCUGCGCUGUGGCCCGAUCCAACCCCGAGGCCAUCGGAGAGGUGGCCCAGCUGCCCAGCCACUUCCCCAACAGGUUCUACGGAAAGCUCCUGCAGAGCCUCCUGGAGUGCGAUGAGGAGACGGUGGACUUGGUGAGGGCCAGCCUCCUGUCCAGACUGGGGCCGGAGAUGGCCAUACUGUUCCAGCUGCUGCAGAGCAAGCCCUGCCCCUCGGCGCCUGCUACAGUGCCUGCUGGGAUAGAGCCGCGCGGCGGCUGGAGGUGGCCCAUGAAUCCCCACAUGCUCAAGACCCAGCCCAACCUCCGUAACAGGGACUCCAGUCCCUACGCCAAAAAGCGCGCUGCCGGCGACAGCUCUUAAUUACCGCGAAAGAAACACAGAAACUACGUCCACUGUAACUCCGGCAAAAUAAGCAAAGAAAACUAAACUAAACUUAAACCCUCCCUUGAGUGUGUGUGUGGGCAGUUCCCCUUCUACACUGGGGGGAGAGAAUAUGUGCCCUGAAGUAAAAACUGCUUGUAUGUCAGGUAUAUUUGACAGCUUCCUUAUGCGAAUACAUCGAUUGAACACUUGGCUCGUAUAGGGCAGUUUACUCUGUGUUUAACUGACGUAUUCAUAAGUGAAACUGUGCAAGCUACGUUUAUGACAAAUAAGGGAAAGAAAAAACUAUCUGAUGCAAUGCUGUUUUUACUUAAAGGUAUCAUAACUGAAAUAGAUCACUUUACUGAUAUAAUAUACUGAAUAUUUUGUAUGUAUUUUCAUUACAGCAAAGUAAAAAAAAAAUACUCUAGCGGAUGAAUGGGUGAUGUAAGACAGAUGACCUGUGCUGUAAUAUAAUGAGUAUAAUAUUUAUUUAUGAGCAUUCUCUUAAGUACCUAAUGAAUUCAGUUGUUUGUCUCAGAUUAUGCAGGUUCCAUUUGCCUCUGUGUGUUACAGCUAUAAGAGACCCCCUGGACUGUCACUCAUACGGUUCUAUGCUGCAGGUAGGGCCAGCUAAAAAGGCGGGAAAUGGGGUUGGGGGCGGGGCUUAAUAAGCUGUACACAGGACUUAACUACAGAAACACCAAAAACUGAAGACUGCCCCCACUGCCAUAUGAAUCAGCUGGGAAAUAUGGUAUUUGGCAUUCACGAUACAAUACCAGAGAACAGAUGAUUAUAUACAAGUGUAAUAUUACAGGCAAAAGUUCCCUAUAAACCUACAGUGCAAAAAACAGGGUGGACUAAGAAAUGUGUUGUCAAAUUCUGCCAAAAAAGGAGAAUCUAUAUUCACUUAUAUGUGCAAUGUGUAGCUGUAGUAUAACUAAUGAGCAAAACAUUUCCUGAAACAGAUGUACAGAAAGCCACCUCUUUGGAAUGAUGCACAACACACUCCCUAAAACAUAUGACAUGGAGAGGUGGCUCCGAUACACUGACUUGCAGUGUUGAUUAUAAGGAAUAUGACAUUACUAUUUAAAAGCCUUGUGGUAUAUUAUUAAUAUUUAUUUUCCUACUAUAUUAUUUAAUUUUUUAUUUUAUUAAGUUGCUGUGGUUAUUAUAGUUUUGUAUGCUAGUUUUAGGUUAUAGAGAUAGAUUUUAAAGUACGGUUGGUGUGGAAUCUUAAAGCGUUGCCAUUCUCCGAGGUGUCUUCUGAGAUGACUGAAUAGGUUUCAUGUUAUGACUCUGUGCUGGUCAUGGGGGAACACGUCGGCUAUUCUAGUCAGGUGAUCUUCUUAGCUAGUGUUAAAUGGGACCAUAUCUAAAACAACUUAUCAAGGGUUGCAACUUGCGUGUGUGGGUCAAGAGGACUAAAUGUGUGUAGGUUUAUUACCUUAAAAAUCCCAAUUAUGUUUGUUGGGGACUUUGUGUACAUUUUACAACACAGCUCAGUGCAUACAGAUAAAAUAAUAAUGUGACUUACCCAUCGUACUGUACAGGUGACUCUGACAAUUUUUCUGGAAUAGUGAACUGCAAAGUGUUUGAUGGAUUCAUUUUAUACACUAUGCAAUAUACAGUGUUUGUGAAGAGCCUGCUCAGUCAUAAACGUUUGCCUUGGUGAAUUUAGGGGCUAUCAUUUCCAACAGCUUUUCAAAAGUUGAUCUAAACAGAAGUAAAAGAACUGUGAGGGGUGAGCGUUUGUACAUUUUUGUUUGACUAAGGUAAACAUUCAUACAACUAGGUUCAUAAAAGGCAAACAUGGCUUUAAAGACGACAACGUUCUGUUCUACGAUACCAAAUAGUGUGCAAAGUGUAUAUAACACACAACACUAUGCAAUAAUCUUUGAAAUUGAGGCUCCUUGGUAAAAUCCUUAAGAAAAGUAGUAGUUUUGCUCUGUAUCAGGUCAGUGCCAGCUGAAGCUGUGUUAAUAGUAGCAGUUUCUUUGCUCCCAUGUACACAGUGAAGAACGCAGACCAUGCAGUCUGUUUCUAAGGUUCCCAAAGUUAUUUUUCUUUUCUGUGCGAAGACAUAUGGGUUUUUGUUGUUGUACUUGUUUUCCUCUUUCUUCAUCAGGUAAAAUCCUUGCUUCAAAUAGCCAAGAAAUGUAAGCAUUAUAAAGAAAAAUGUAUAUAAAAGCAGAAAUAUAGAAAAUAACUGCGUAGCACAAAGUUUAUUCAAGUAAAAUAUGCUUCAAAUCAAAAUGCACUUUGCAUCUCGUAUGACCACUAUAUAAGGGCAUUUAAACUUUCAGCACUUGUUAAUCUCAACCACAUUUUGAAGAGAAACAGCAGAAAACCUGUUUUAUGUUCUCAUUGGAUAUCAGCACAUCUUAAUAGGUUGGGGCUCCUAUAUAGCUUAUUUACUGCACAGUAAAAUGUCCAGUGUUAAUGCAAGUCUAACUGAGUACAUACACAUCCAAUAGAGGCCAUAUGCACUCUGGAAGAGGUCAUUUAAUACUGAGCAUUUUACUGCGUAUGGUUUGGGUUUAAUAGGCCUUUCUGAAAUGCCUUGAAAUGCCUAGAAAAUACCUAAACCCGACAGUUGCUGCUAAACCAACGUGUUCACUCCACUGUGCGAUACUGUCAGACCCUGCUUUGACACUCAGCUCCACAGUGGGGGCAAUUUCUUCACUUCAUUAUUCAGCUCCUUGUAUUUUUAUGCAGAAGCCAAAAGCAUACACUCAAAAAUAUUUUAUCAGGGAAAUAUUUUGAUCAAGGCUAAGGCAGAAAAAUAGCAACCUUACAGGGCAAGUCUUUGACGUGUGUAAUGACCCUGUUUCCAGUGAGGUUCUUGCAUAACAACCAUUGCCACCUGCUGGUGAACUGAUGUUACUGUUUCUAUCUCACCACACCCUUUGACUUUCUGCAUAUGAAUCAAAGACCUGAUAGACUUGGUAAACUUCUGAGAAUGUAUCUUAAAUCAAAUGUCUGUACUAGAGAGAGGGCGCCCAAGCCUAGAUGGGUUAAGACAAGCGGCUUCUUGGCUUUAAUGGGAAUAGAAAAGUGUCCUGAGCUGAACUCAAGGGUAUUUUUGUGUGCUGGUGUGACUUAUUGAAGCACUUGCUGCAACUAAUAACAGAUACCAGUGAGACCCUUAAAAAAGUUGCCUUUCUCAACAAAUCAGCCCAACCUAGUUAAAAUUUGAAGGUUGAAAAUCGAUCGGUUCCCUACAAAAUCCGGGGAUUUCAUUGCAGAGUGGACACUGUGCAGUAAGCCUUUGAGCACUAUUGUAGUGUCAGCAUCUGCAUUACAACUCAGUCCACACCCAUGAGAAUCAGUGUAUAAAGCUAUUGUACUCCAUGGGCUGGGGACCAGUUUAUCCCCUUUGAGCGUUAUCUUCUGAAGUCGUAUCGAGGAGUGGGCUCCCUGUGUUGUGGAAAUCUAUGGUACUCUUUUCUUUCCUAUCAAGACUUGAAAUAGUUUUUCCCACAUUCAGUAGGUUGUUAUGUUUUGCCAGAUGAUACACUUCUUUCUGAUUUAUACUACAUGACUUUAAUCAAAACCAUUGUUUUAUGUUCGCCAAUCAACGAUUGGCAUCAAAAUCAAAUCAACUAGCCAAUCAAUCCUUAAGAUUCUUUUUUUGUUGUUGAAGUACAUACUGUAUGUUAAGCAUGAUUGAACCUUGUGAUUUAUUUGCACUUUAAUAUAUAUAAAUAUAUAUGAUUUCUUCUUUGUGCCAUUCAUUUGCAGCUGUGUAUUUAAAAUGAUGAAAUAUACAAAUACAUAAACUGUGUGUCUUUUGUUCAGCUGAUUAAAAUAAUAAAUUAUGAUCACAUCUGGCAUAUGGCAUCAUA